AGCAAGCAUAGAAACCUGAGGAAUCCUCCUUGGUCGGAUUGGACUCCUGUCUAUCAUUCCAUCAGAUGCAUCGACAUUCUUCGUAAUCCCCAUUUUUGUUUUCAUUUAUAAGCUCCCCCCUUACCUCCUUCAUUACCACACUCAUUUGCUUUCCCCCUGCUGCUUGCCCUCUCAGCACCCACUUUCUCUCCACAAAUUUCCUUAACUGGGUUCUCAUUCUCAUUCCUUUAACCUCCUAAUCCUAAAAGUUGCCAACUUUCUUCUUCUACCAUGGAAUUGGGACAGUGAUUAUUGCCCUGCCUUGAACCAAACCAGAAGCGGCUACGAGCCAUCCGAUGCAGAGACCGAUUGGAGGGAGAGCCCCAUCCAAACCCGCAGCAAUGGAGGAGGAAGGGCAACAAACUUCGAUUCCGACACUGACAUGGAAUUACCUCCACAAAACCUCACUUGUUCCAGCAGACAACAACUGAGGAAGUUUAAUGGAGGCGAUGAAAACAACAACAACAACCUUGAUCAUGACCACAAUUCAUCUUCUCCCCCUGAUGCAGCAGCUACUUCCAUCUCCAGCUCCACUAGGCGCAAGGCAAAGAACCCCCGAACAAGGAGCAACAGUAAGGAUCAGGAAAAUGGCGCCUACAAAGAUGAGAAGCUGAAGAAGAAUCAUCCUCUGCAAUAACUUAACCCUUCCAGGAGAGCCUCAAUCGGGGAGCUGAACGAGCUCAUCGGUACGAUGAAGCUCUCCAGAGCCCUCCCUUCCCUGGUAGAGGGAAAGGGAAGCCUUUGUGCGAGAGGACGGAUUCACUCUCGCCAGGUGACAUCUUCUUCUCCACAGAUGUGACUUGUGCACUGCCACCAUCCAUCCAGCAGACGGGCUUUUUAGCUCAUAAUAACAACAAGCAAGAGGCCAAAGGGAGCGAGGAUAUGAACAUGAAUGAUGACAAGGCGUCCAGGCGGAGUUACUUCCACAGCAGCGGGAAGAUGAGCGAGAGAAGGACUGAGAGCGUCAAGGCAUUUGUGGCCAACAGGAACAAGUCUUGGCAGUCGUCGGAUUCUAAUUGCAUGUCUUGUAUCCAAGGAAGGAGUUGCAGGACAAAUCACAAGUCGCCAGAGAAGAAAACAGUGAAUGAAUCUUGGUAUAUUAGGAGGGCUAAUGUGGUCGAGAGUUUGAGACAGUUCUGGGCUGAUAAGUACCAGCCGUCGUCGUUGAAAGCAUUCAGUUACCAUAAACAGGAGGCUCAGCUUCUCAGGAAGUGUGUGUCUAGUGACAGUAUCCCUCAUUUCAUGUUCAAAGGGCCAUCCAUCUCUGGGAAGAAAGCUUUGAUGACGGCGCUUCUUGGUGACAUAUUCGGAGAUGCUUGCUUGCAGAUGUCCCAUGACUUGAGAUUCUUCCAAUCACAGAGAAAGGGAGCCCAGGUGGUGGUUCCAAUAACAUCAAGCGCUCAUCAUGUGGAGCUGAACGUGAAAUCGGAACCAAACGCCAUGAGUGCGUUGAUGGGUUUGGUGAAGGAGAUCAGCAACGCCUAUUCACUAACGCCACAAGUCAGCACCCUCAAUUUCAGACCAGACUACAAAGUUAUACUUCUUUAUGAGGCUGACAGAGCACCGGAGAACAUCCUGCAUCUCAUCAAAUGGAUCAUGGACUGCUACACAGAUUGCUGCAAGCUCAUUCUCUGCUGCGACGAUGAUGUCCACAUGCUCGAAUCAGUGAGAAAUCGGUGCAAAGUUGUGAACGUCAAUGCUCCUGCAACUCAUCAAAUGAUGGAGUUUCUUGUUCGAAUAUCAAAGAAAGAAGGGUUUGAUCUACCCAUGAGCCUUGCUGCUAAGAUUGCUACAAAAGCAAAGGACUUGAGAAGCGCAAUCAUGGCACUUGAAGCUUGCAAAGCACACAACUAUCCUUUCGCUAACGAUCAACCGAUCCCAAUAUUCUGGGAAGAGGUGCUGGUAGAAAUCGCCACCAAAAUCAUGGCUGAUCCCUCUCCUAAGAGGUUGUUUCUGGUGAGGGGGAAGUUGCAGAAGCUGCUAGUUGAUUUCGUCAGUCCCCAACUUAUUCUUCAGCAUCUCCAUCGUUGUUCAUUUUACUAA